UUUUCGUCCGCCCUGCCUUCGCUAUGAUCGGUUGGUUCGGCUGAUUUCCUUCCUUUUGACAUUUCUGUCUCCUUUUGGCAAAUUCUCUCUAGGGUUUUGAUGUUCUAGGGUCUUCUUCAACGCCAUCAUAGCAAAGGAGCCUCGACGGAUUUUCGAUCGCGCAGGGUGAGGUUUAGAGCAAGGUCAUCCUCAAGGAUGGACGCCUCCGGUGGUAACUCGGACUCCCAGAGAGGUGCUUCGAACACUGCUAGCAGUAAUGGCCAUUCUAGAAGAUACGGGGUACAGCUUUCAGCGUCAAAUAUAUUCAGAUACCCUGUGUCUAGCUUGUUGGAAUACACUGGCAUCUUAAGGACAAGGUCCAGCCACUCAGAAACAGACAGUUUGAUCAACCACAGAUCUUCCCUUGGGUAUAGAGACAAUUUUCAGCAAAGACCGGAUGAUUCUGGAGCACCCACUGCUCAUCCCGGGUCUGCAGAGGAGGUCACAAUUAGGAUAAUCGGUUCAGGUGAUCAAGAACAUGACAGCAGUGGAGCGGGUUUGACCUCACCCAUUUCUGGGCCAUUGAGGGAGUUAAGUGGGCAAAACGAGCCAAUUUCAAGGUCUGCUUCUGCAGCUUCUGUAUCAUCUGGUUUUGAUAGUCAGAGUGACUUCAGAAGUGACACAGCAGGAGAGGGAGGCUUCAAUCAUCAAGCUACAAAUGGAAGUGCGGAUACUGGCAAUGCAGAUGGAGGUGGGACCUCCAACAGGGACUCUUCUUACCAAAGAUAUGAUAUUCAACAGGCUGCUAGGUGGAUUGAGCAAGUCCUUCCCUUCACUUUGCUUCUAUUGGUUGUUUUCAUUCGGCAGCACUUGCAAGGUUUUUUUGUGACCAUGUUCCUUGCUGCUGUUAUGUUCAAAUCUAAUGAUAUUGUUCGGAAGCAAACAGCUCUUAAGGGGGAAAGGAAGAUUUCUGUUCUUGCUAUAAUUUCUAUCCUGUUUACAGUUCAUGUGGUUGGGUUGUAUUGGUGGUUUCGGCAAGAUGAGCUUUUAUACCCAUUGGUUAUGCUUCCACCAAAGGCUAUACCACCCUUCUGGCAUGCUAUAUUUAUGAUCAUGGCGAAUGACACCUUAGUCCGUCAAGCAGCAAUGGUUCCCAAGUGCGUUCUAUUGAUGUAUUACAAGAACAGCAAAGGAAGGAACUACCGGAAGCAGGGACAAAUGCUCACUCUGGUUGAGUAUCUUGUGCUGCUUUAUCGUGUGCUGCUUCCAGCACCAGUGUGGUACCGUUUCUUUCUUAACAAGGAAUAUGGAAGCCUCUUCUCAUCAUUAAUGACCGGGUUGUAUUUGACUUUCAAGCUCACUUCUGUUGUUGAAAAGGUCCAAUCAUUUUUCAGUGCUCUAAAGGCUCUUUCGCGCCGAGAGAUCCAUUACGGAGCAUAUGCAACUUCUGAACAGGUGAUUGCAGCAGGGGAUCUGUGUGCUAUAUGCCAGGAAAAGAUGCAUGCCCCAAUCUUGCUUCGUUGUAAACACAUAUUUUGUGAAGACUGUGUCUCUGAGUGGUUUGAGAGGGAAAGGACAUGUCCUUUGUGCAGGGCGUUGGUAAGAUCAGCUGAUCUCAAGUCAUUUGGUGACGGAUCAACCAGUCUGUUUUUCCAGUUGUUCUAAAUCAUCAAUUGGCCAAUUAGUCCAUAUACAGGCGUUUCUUCUCGCUGAAGCGUUUCUUCUCUGUGAAGCGUUUCUUCUCUCUAGGGCGUUUCUUCUCUGUGAAACGUUUCUUCUCUGUGAAGCGGUUCUGAAGAUUAGAAAAGAAAAGAUUCCUACACCCAAAAGAGCUCAUUUUUCUCCUUGCUGUUAUCGCCAGAAAACAAAAGCAGCAGUGCAUUGGAAAAUGUUGUAACACAAACUGUAGAAAUUGUUUAUAGCCUUGUAACUGAAGAAGCUCAAUGUUCCGAAUUGGUUCACGUAGUCCACUAAGGUGACAAUGUGUUGAACCGCUAAUUUACUUCUAAUCUAAUAUGCAUAGACUACGUAUAUAAAAGAGCUUUGCAAUUUUGUUCUCUUUUUGCCUGUUUUCUCAUUGCUGGAAUGCCUGUAUAGCUUCACCAGGCGCAGUUCAUGUACUUCAAUUUAUAUUCCAUCUGUCUCACCAUCUCUAUCUAAUUUGUUUUCCGGUCUUAUUACAUUCAUCUCAUACGAUUUCCGUCC